CUUGCUGCGCACUGAAAGGAAGGUUACUGGGGAGAAAUUGCGUGCUAUCAAUACUAGUAGUGGUGUUAAGAUGGAUUUCUAGGCCAAGUAAUGUUUACAAAGCGACAUGGCUUUCGUCUUCUCUUCUCUAUCGACUGUAUUUUCAAUAACUGUCAUACCAACUUCAAUUAACUUUAGAUUGUAUUCUUUAACGUUGGAUUUAAAGAUAAUUCCCAAUAUUUUUGAGGCACCUGAAAGCAUCUUGCGUCACACAAAUGGCGGACGUUGUAAACAGAGCCAGCAGCUUCUCAGAGGCCAAAGUGAAACAGCUCUUUUUAAGAUGAAUAACGUAGAUUAUGAGCGCUUGGAUAGUCUGGAGGGCUGGGUGGCCGUUAAAAGCAACAUAUUUGAAGAAACGGAGACGUUUAAACUGGGUUUUAUCGUACAGUGGAAUGUCAUCGAGUGUAAAUUCGCUGUCACCUGCCAUAAUCGGACGUUACAACGACAGAAACGCAAAGCCGAAGUUGUCGUCGGCGACCCUCCGAUGAGCUGGGCUGGACUCUUCUCCGUGAGCGAUCUGAAACACAUCCAUCAACAGUUUUCAUGUGUGGCAGACGUCCUGGGAGCCUGUUUCCCAGAUUUGUCAGAGUUUGAAGAGGGCAACAUUUGGGACUUGCUCUUCCUGAAUCGGCGGUCGGGUGCCGAAGACGACGAUGACAGAGAUUUUGAUUCACCGUGUAGGAAACUGGAAAAAUAUUUCAGCACAGCCAUUGACAUCUGUGGACGGAAAAUUGUUCUCGAUACGUUAUUCACCCAGGAUGAGCGGGAUGUUGAGGAAUACUUUGAAAAUCUGCAGGAGUUCAAGAGGAAGACCAUGCAGGAGGAGAUGUCGAGGGCCAAGGGACACCUGCGACAGCUGCUGCAGAGUCAUGGCAGCGCAGACCGAAUGGUUGUGCUGCUCAGCAUCUAUGAGGAAGAGGAUGAGUCCUACCAGGACCUGGUCACUGUGGCCACCACCUUCUUCCAGUAUCUGCUGCAGCCUUUCAGGGACAUGAGAGAGCUGGCCUGCCUCUACAAGAUGGAGAUCCUGAAGUCUUUGGAGUUUGAGGACUUGGGACCUAAGAGAAUUGCAGCUCUGGAGAAGGAGGCGGAGGAGUGGAGAAUGAAAGCAGAAGAUGCAGUCGCCUCAAUUCAGGACAUCACUGUCACCUACUUUACGCAGACUUCAAAGGCUCUGGCUGGUAUGUUAAAGCAGAUGGAGGAGGAUAAGUGUCGCUUUGGACCGGCUGCCUGGGCGUCUGCAGCUCCCCGGCUGGAGAAACUACGCUUCUUAUUGGCCAAAGAAACCCUGCAGCACAUGAGAGCUACAGAGAUGUGCCUCAACCGCAAGAAAGACAGCAUCAGAGAGAGGCUGGGCAGCCUGUCUGGCGGAGUCCAGAGCCAGAGAGCUGAUUCUGGGUCUGCGUCUGAGGAUGGCCAGCAGCAGGACACAGUGGACCAGCUGGAGCUGCAGUUCUAUGAAACCCAACUAGAACUGUACGACACCAAGUUUGAGGUCCUGAAGAAUGAGGAGCAGCUGCUGGUGGCUCAGAUAGACACGGUGCGACGGCAGAUUAAAGAACUGAAGGAGGAGGUGGUUUACUAUGAUGUGUGUGAAGAUCCAGAGGAGCUGCAGAGCUUGGUCCACACAGGCAUCCAACAAGCAGACUCUCCGGCCGUCAGUCAACUCAAAAGACGCCUACAGACCUUGGAGACCAAGAGAGGCAACAUCUGUGCCCGGCGAGCUUAUCUCCGUAACAAAAAGGAUCAGUGCAUGGAUGCCCAAGAACAGAAGCAGCUGGCAGCUAAGCAGAGCUCCAAAGUCUUCAACCAGCAUCAUCAAGUCCGCCUGAAACGAGAGAAGAGGAAAGAAGAGGAGCAGAGGAGAAAACUGUGGGUGGACCAGGAGCGAGAGAAGACUCUGAGCAGAUUACGAUCCUUCAGAGAGAAGCGACAGGGCCAGUACAUCCUGAAAACUCCUCAGUCCAGGAUGUCUCCUUCAGAAGUCCCGUGUCCCUCCCAGCCGCUGUCCAUCAUCAGCCUCGGCCCCUCUCCCUCCUCUGAAGGACCCCCCCCCUCCGUCCGUUCUGCACCCCGACGCAACAAAGCACCCAAGAAACAGCAGCCUAAAGACAUCCCUGUUCAGAUCUAUUCCCCGCCGCCGCCUCCAACAACAAAUAUCCCUUCUGCACCUCCGCCCCCUCCACCACCACCACCACCACCACCACCACCACCUCCCCCACCACUGCCCCCUGCUGUAACUCCCCAAGCUUCCUCUGAGGACACACCAAUGCCUCUCAGUGAAAAAGAGGACCCUCCUUUCCCAGCCAAGAACAUGCUCAAACAAAAUAUAGGAACAAUGGAUGAAGUUUUGGCCUCACUGCAGCGUGGACAGAUUCAGCUUCGAAAGGUCCCCACUCCCAGAACAGCGCUCCCUGCUGCUGACCCGAGGAGCAGUCUGAUGUCUGCCAUCCGACAGGGAGUCACCCUGAAGAAGGUGGUUCCUGCACGUGCAGAGGUCCUAAGCAGCGGAGACAACGAGCUGGAGCGCAGCAUCAAAGCUGCCAUGAUGAGGAUGAAGAAGGUGGCGGCCGACUCUGAUGAGGACGACAGAGGAGAUGACGAGACACACAGUGGAGACUGGGACAGCUGAGCACACGCACACACACACACACACACACACACACACACACACACACACUCACACUCACACUCACACACAUAUACCGAUGAAGCUGUUCUCUUAUAUUGUCCCUGUUCUGUUUUAUCCAGCUUAUGUUGCUGCCAAAUUUUCACCAGAAAGCUUCUUUGACAGUGGGAGGAUUAUGCCUCUUCUGACAUAAACAUUGCAGGUUGUUGAAGUUGUCACACAGUAAUCAUAUUUGUUUUUUAAAUAGCCCUGAUAUGUUGAAAUACAUCAAAAACUGCUUAAAUCCAACUAGCCAGCAAAUGGCAGAGUCAGGAUUUAGCAGUUGGUUUGCAGAAAUCUCAAACUGAGCGAAGGAGGUGUUGUGCUACAACAUUCAUUAGGGAGAAAAGCUGAGCAAUAGCACUGUAGUACAGUGUGUAAAUGAUUGAAUUUCUGAAGGCCUUUUGUGAGACUGUCACACAGCAUGGGAAGCCUGUGCCACAGGCUCACACAACUACACUACACAACUCCACUAUCACACUUCUUCUGUUAUUUUGAAUGUAAUUACAACCGAACAACUGUUUUCUAACUUGACUUUACCCCUAAGGGCUACCGCAAAUUGACUUUUGUAGUUUUUGCGUUUUAUUACUAAACAAAGCAAGAGUUAUGUUCUGAAGUGCAGUGUUAAUUAUUUACAGCCUACAUGUCUGUGUGUUAGAGGCCGUUUGAUGCACUGUCCUGUCCUUUUUCUUUUUGUGUAAGAAAAGUGUGAAUGUGUUAGGCUUUAUUUCAGUGCAAUUUAUACAUGAUUUGUUAUUUCUUCAUCUCUGAUGCCAUAACAAAUGAAUUGACAAAGAAAGAAUGCUAGAUUCAUGUUUUGUAACUAUGUCCUUCUAAUGAUGGAAAAAAGCUUGCUCACAGGUUAUUGUUACUGUUUAGGGCAAUCUCCAUACUUAUACUUAUGACCUUUGAACCUGUGACAGAGCACUUGACUUACCUGAACCUCUCAAAAAGACAAAGUUAUAAUGUAUUAUGCACAAAAUACAUGGGUUACAGGGGAAAUUACUAAUUAUUGCACUUUGUUUUAAAACUUCUUUUUCUGCAAAGAUAUGAAACUUAUUCCAGUGUGUUACAGACGAGCUGUGGGCUGAUGAUGGGUGAGGCUGAAACACACUUGUACUGCUGUGUUUUAAUAAUAAAUGUAAUGACAUGUAAGAUCAUAAA